CUCUGAAGUCCUUGAACGAUUUAUAUUUUGCAUAUUAGUCUAGCCGCUGUAGUGUCAUUGACGACAGUCAACGGAUUUGAGUUGGGCAAUGUUUUUUCUGUCCUAGUUUAUACUUGUACGACUCUAUAACUCAUCGCAAUAAAUUAAACAAACCAAAAAAGUAUUAAUAAUAAUCUCGGGCCGUGUCAGUGCACUGAUUUCACAGCAGCUAAUGUGACGUAGGAUCUGACAACUACAGUGACAUGCGGUAACAAUGUAGCUUACUACAGUGCUAAUUAUCUAACCAUGGAUCUAGGGCUGGGACGGGGAGUAGUGCACUUUACCGGUCGCACUUUUUCAGAUCCAAUUAGGCCUAGCGCUGUGGGACUGAAGAUUUAUCUUUACACAUACCCACAGAUAAAAGUCAGAAAGAAUGCAUGCAUAGUCAGAAAGAAAUGCGAACAUUAGCGACUUGUAGUGUCACCAACAUGACCAAGGAGUUUUGUUGUUAUGGUCAUUAAACAAUAUAUGAUGCGACAAACCAUGGGUCAGGGUAGCCUUGUGGGUACCCAGGUCCUACUCAGGACGUGCUGGCAAAGUGAGUUCCAUCCUCCAAUCAGCAGUAAUUGUACUCCGAAAAAGUGCACCUUGUAAAGUGCAUUACUCCCGUUGCCACAAAGUGGUGAUCUGCUGGUCAAAACGAAAGCAGAAUAUUUGGUGAAUAGAAGGUGAAAAUGUGUUUUUGGUGAAAAACAUGAAAACUUGACAGAGGUACUAGACUGGCUGGUAGGAAAUCUGGGCUUGCAGUGUCAUUGUGCAGGUAUGUUCAAAGAAGACUCUCCUAUCACAAACUGGCACCUGAUCCUAGACUACCAAUAACCAGAAGCAUGUCCUGCCGUGCUGCCGGACCAGAGGGUGCUAGACACCUCCUAGAACAGAGACUAUCCUAUCAGCUGACAUGCUUGGUGAAGCUGACACGGCAGCUGUCUGGGACUUGUUGCUGUCAGGCCAAGAAGGUAUCGGCACCUCGAGCUGACCUCAAAGCAGACAAUGAGGUCUUGGUGUUUGACAUGACAGGGAUGCUGAUUGGGAAGAUGACAGUAUCUCAGGCUGAGGAGCUGGCACACAAGGAAAGUCUCAAGCUUGUAGACAUGGGGCCCAACCAGGACAAAGUGUUAUGUUUUAAACUUAUGACAGGGAAGGAGCUCUAUAAAGAAUCAAAGAAAACCAAGUCUGUCAAGUCAAGCAGGACAGGUGAAAAGGAGUUUGUGAUAACAGUGAAGAUAACCGAUCACGACCUAGGCGUCAAACUGAGACAUGUGCAGGAGACGCUGCAGAAAGGCAGACAUGUGAAGAUCACACUGAAAGAGAAAGGGAGGAUGGAAGAGGCUGAGGUGAACCGACUACAGAGUCAGCUCCUGGGGAAGAUAUCGGACAGCGUGCAGGAGAUCGCCAUCGUCAAGAACGCCGUCAGAACAGCCAAGUUCUGCAAAGUUUCAAUAGUUCCGAAGGAGGAAGCACAUCAAGAUGUCUGAUUCUGUGGAUUGUGUCGAUCUUUAUAUAUAAAACAAAACAUUGAGAAGAGAAGAUGCAUUCAUGUUUCUGAUGAAGACAGUUGCUGAAUUUUAUUGACGUUAUUCCUCUGACCACUGGUUGCAUUAUUUUUGGUAGACUAGUGGUCAAGACAUGUGUAUGUCAUGCUAAGAGCAAGAUCUUUUUCCCCAAAUAUGUACCCAUUAUGAAGCCCAUUCUUGGCAUGCUCCACUGUCAAAGUGAAUGAAAUAAUACCAAGCGUGAAGUAAAACCAUAUUUGUUCACUCACUGCCAAAAUAUUUUCUACUUUGGUGAUAAAACGGACUACAGUAUUUCAAAUAAUUACCGUAUUGAUAUCAAGGGGUUCUGCCAGGGUGCCAAGUGUGGAACUGAACUAACAAAACAGACUGUAAGUGUACACGAUUCUGAGAAGCUUUUGUGGGUCUAAACACCUUCAGCUAAAUCCAACUAUCCAGAGUUCAUUUGGGAACAUUUGUGUAAGACAGUUUUGUACUUUUCCGUGUAACCUUUCACCAGUCACAGACUGUCACACAUUGAGUGGCCACGUACAUCAGCAGCCACAGAUACUAAUGUAUACAAGGAGUGAACGUGUGUGGGUCAUGGCAGAUCAUUUAUACAGAUCUGUCUUCAUUAUAGUUUACCAGACGUUAUCCCAUAGAUAAAAAACAUAAGUAAUUCAGAGUUUGAUCUACUCUAUAACAUUUGUUUAUAUCGUAGUAAAGAUUUGUAAAAUCUAAAAACAUUCAUCCUGUUCAGCUUUCUUGAAAAAAAUCCAGUUUUCUGUUACAUGCUGUGUCAUGAAAAUGAUAGUUAAAAGUGCUUCCUUGGAGAGUAUGUUCCUUUUUAAGCAUUUUUUAGACAUCACCCACACCCACAAAAAUAAAAGAAAAGAAAAAUGUUUACAUGUUCAGAAAGAAAAACAUAUAUCAUACUACCCAUUGCACCCCAAGUCCCUCGCUCUGCAAACUAAAAGAAGUAACUUUUUUAACAACAAUCUUUUAAAAUGCUUUUAAUGGAAACUACUUAGCUCACAGCAAUGAUGUUUUAAAACUUGUAGGUUUCGGGUACAUGUAUUUGUCUUAAGGAUGUCUACUGAACGUGUGAUCAUGUAUUUCAAGUCACCUUUGUUAUACCUCUAUUAAGAAUCUUGCAAUGCCAUUGGUUAUUCGGUACCACAUGAUGAAACAAUACAUUUCAGUGGAGACCCCCCCCCCCCAAAUCAUGAUUGACACUGACCUCGAAUAUUGACUCGUCACAUGAUCAGUAUUGACCUAUCACAUGAUAUAUUGACUCGUCUGCUAGAAAACAAGAUGGCGUCUGGUACUAACAUUUCACGUUUCGCAGCUAAGUUACUGUAAUCAAAGACAUAUAUACCGUAUUUUCUUGAGUAUAGUGUGCAUCCAUGUAUAAUGUGCACCCCACCCUUAGCGGAUUCAGUAUUUUGAAAAAACAAAAUUCGAAUGUCAAGCACAGAACAAAAUUACACCGUAGAUCUAGAUCUACCCCUUCAGCGAAUUCCGGUAAACAAAUGUAGAUAUAUACGGCUUUGGUGUAACCAAACAGAGGACAGUUUAAAGGGUUCAUAACCAUUAACGAGAAUUUAGGUAUGACAGUUCGAUUUGAUUACUCUUCACGAGAUCAACAUGCAAAAACAAGGACCCUCAGACCCGACCCCUUUGGCAGUGUGAUCAGACCUUGGUCUGUGGUUUCGGUCUGGUCAGACCACCUCGGGUCAGGUCAUCGGGUCCUUGUUGUCACAUACUGACCUCGUCAAAGGUAAUUAUUUGUAUAAUGUGUUUAUCCCAUGGUUUGGAAUAAAGUACCUGCCGUUACUUGAGAGAAGCAGAUAAUCAACUCAUAUUGUCACCUUCUGUGUAAGUGUGUAUGUCUCCUAGUAACAAACUUGUUUUAAUAUGUUAACCAAAUUUGGAUGCACCUUUAAGAAAACAUUAAAACUGAAUAUGUUGAGCAAUUAGAAACUUUAGGAAUAUUUGAAGUGACAAGAAUACAUUUUACGAGGACACGAAAACCAUUGUACAUCGCAGCUGGCGGAGUAUUCACAAAAUCAUAAAUGCAAACACCCAAGUUCAGAAAUACGAUGUGGUUUCACAGCUUGAAUAAGGAACCAAGUGUUAUCGGAAAGUAUGGUGGCUUUUUCUCAAUACUUUAUGUUUGUGUUAAUUCGGUGUGUGAAUCCCUGUCAUGGAUGAUGGGGAAUAUUUCAUGUGCAGGUUAUCUAGGGUGUAAGGCUAUUUGAUGCAUGUGUGUUGAAAUGUAGGGGUAUUUCCUCAAUUAAAGAUAUUUUUACUAAA